AUGUCCUCGUCAUCCAAACCACCAUCUUCACCUGUACCACCUCUGGAACAGGACCAAGAAGACCAAUCAGAAGGGAUAAAAGUCACUUCUCAUGAUCACCCUAUCUCUCACUCUCAUUCUCGCACUAGCUCGCAAACACAGCAAACGAGUAGAAGAAGAGCAUCGACCUUAAUAGUUCACAAUCACAACUCUAAGGGGCCCAAGCUAUUCCCAAUAGAUCCAAGCAAUAGUAGCGAAGACGCAAAACCACCGGCUUAUCCUAUACGUCCACCCAAAUCAUCAUUAAGACCUAGAUUCCCUCCGAUCCGCAAACGAUCUUAUUCGACUGUAUCUGGUGCUGGUGCUGAGGGUGAAGAUAGACCAAGACAUAACUCAGAACUUAGUAUAGGUGGAUUAGAGUACCUAAGAGGAAUCUUGAGUAAUUUCAGGCAGUCUCUCAGAAACAAUUUGCAAGAGGAAGAAAAGCAUCUCGAAGAAGAAGAAAAGGAGAAAGAAGAAGGAUCUGAGAUCCAAGAAAAAGAAGUACGAGAUACGUUGGAAAAGAGAAAGCGGUUGUCUUCAAUCACUCUAUCUGGAUUUUUCAAUCAUCAAACGCAAUCACGAAGGAGAUCAAGAUCGAGGUCGCUUUAUGAACGGAUAUCGAAUAAUACAAGCAAGAUGUCGUUAUCUGAUCAGAGGUCAACUCAGCGGCUGAUCAAUGAGUUCAUGGAAGAUUUGACGCCUCGUUCGCCAACUGGAAGUUUUCACUCUCUCUCUCAACCACAACGUACUACCUCACCUUUACCCAAACAUCCUCUUGUGGAUCGAGUGAGGAGAGCAGGUGGACACAGACGUACAUUGAGCUCACCGAAUCCGAUACCUAGAGCAUCGACGGAUGGUAAUAGCAACGAAAGUCAAAGCGAGAGAGGAAGGACAUUAUCUGGAGGAACAUUUGGGAAGCCCUUGGGAACCGAUGGAUUGAUAUCUGACAUAGAAACUCUAAGAAGCGGUAGAUUGAUCAACGAUGGUACGGCUUCUGCACCUAUCUCACCUGCUCUCACUACUACCUCUUUAACCUUACCACCAGUCCAGCUACCAUUCAUCAUGGCAAGAAGAUCGAAUAAACCUCCUGAACCAACAAAUCAGCCACGACCACCUUCAUCGCCUAAACUCUUUCCUACUCUCCCAAUACCAUCACCCCCUCCCCUGUCUUCACCUGAUAAUGCUACACCGACCCCUCUUAUGGGCUCACCACCAUUGACUACCCCACCACCGAUCAACACUGCUUUGCUACCCUUACCACCACCUACCUCACCCCUUCCUGCGUUGCCGUCACCACCCCACACGCCUUCUCGGCACUCUUCCAUCGGGGAGGUAUCACCGGAUACACACCCCUUCGCAGCUGUAGUAGCUAUGAUGGAAGCUGGCGAUUCCCCUACGAAGAGGAGAUCAAGGAAUCAGAUGAUGAAAGAACGUCAGGAGGUACUGGAUAGUCCCAAGUCUACUAAAAAGGACAAAGGUAAGGAGAGGGAUGAAGGUGAGAGACCGUUCAGUUCACAAGGUAGAAAACAGACACCGAGAAGGGGAUUUAUAGGUCCUGGGGGUAUCAUACCUCGAAUGCCAUCACGUACUUCAUUAGCCAAACUGAAAAUUUCUCCGAGCCCAAAAGCAUCCAAGGAUAAUAUAAGUCAGCCAAAUCCAGUGAUCGUUUCUAUACCACCUUCUCCGCCCGAUACUGCCAAACCAUUCCCUACACCUACAGCUUCCAGACCACCGAAGACCGUAUCGGUUCUAGCUGACCCAAUCACACCUACAUCAACGACGUACCUCCGACCAGCACCCGCCACACCAUUGACGCCAUUCUGGUCCAAACCGAGAUUCGCAGUUUCAUCUUCUUCUCCGAUUGUUGGUCGAAAUCAAUCACCGGAUCCCUCAACUAUUUCAAGACAGGGUACGCCCAUUCCCAUCUAUGCUCCUCGAAGUGGAGCUGAUGGACUCCCGCCUGAUCCAGGGAGUGAGCUGGUAGAGAUCCCGAGGUUUAAGAAGAAAGAGUUGAAUUUGGGUAUAGUGAGGCGGAGAGGUUGGGGUCAGAGAUCGGCUUGGUUAGCAUUAUGGAUGGUCUGGUUAAUCAAUGGUCUGUUGAGCUUGUUCUUCGAUGUGAAUGUCAUUUACAUUUUAGUCCAAUGCACCACACAUCCUUCGUUCGAUACGAACAGCUCGAAGAGCUGGCAAUUCGCCACGGCAGCGUAUGGCGUUCUUUGGGCUAUUUCAACUUUGGUAAUUUGGAUUGGAUGGGAAGUAGGGUAUGAGUUUUGGAGAAGAUGGAGAUUACCUCGACCGGCUGUGGAUCCUAUUUACCUAUCUCUUCCAGCUUGCCUACACCUCUCCCUUAUCUCUUUCAACCACUUCACUUUCUUACUUCACAUUCGAACUUCGCCUCUUGGUACACCGUACUUGCGCGAUAUCAUACCGGAAGCUUGCCAUGCCCUUAUCCAGCUCCUUCCCGGACUACUGCCUUUGCUACCCAGGGCUGCCAUUGCCGUAGUGGUACUCAUCAGUUUUUGGGAACCUGCGGCUGACGUACAAGCGCCAUAUGGGGGAGCCGUGGACGAGACUUCUUUACGAGAUUCGAACUUCUUCAGAUCGGAAUCACCUGGCGAACUGACCAAUUACGCUAAAGGAAUUUUGUUGACUUUUACAGUCUGGAUUGCCUUGCGUCUGGUGGUUGUGAUCGCCUCAGGUAUAGGAUUAUGGGUUCACUCCGGUCGACCACUGGGUGGGUUGAUUGGACAUCGAUUGUCAAGAAAGAAAAAGGUUUCUACUGGACCACCUACAACACCACGUAAACCGAGAUCAUCCCUUCAACCUAGAGAUCCAUCAACGACUAGUUCACCUCAAAAAUCAUGGGUAGAUCAGGAGAAUGAAUUUGAUUGGGCUUGGAGGGAGCGAACCCGUUCAAGAAUCCAGGAUGCAUUUGAGUUAUGUAUGAUCAGGAGGAACAACGAUGGUAAUGGCUUAGGAAGACUGAAUUCGUUCUUGUAUCAGUCGGAGAUACCGUGGGGAAGAAUGAUGGACCGUACACAACCUAAUACUCAAUGGAGAUCAGGUUCACAUUCUAGGAUCGAUGAGGAUGGCAUCGAAUCGGAAAUUGAAUUAGCAAUCAGAAACCAACAAGGAGAACGAGGACCCGAACCUAAGAAGAAGGUCAAAAAACCUAUAUCGACAGGAGAGUUUAUCGAUGGAUUUGUAGAAGGUAAAGAUUUACCUAGUGUUACUACUACACCGGAGAAGAAACCUGCUCGUCCCGAAUCCACAACAUUGAUCGAUCUUCAUGCUCAUUCUCAUCCUCAAGACAAGGUCCAUAUUCAUCCAUCGCCCUCUCGAGCAAAUACAGCUGCGUCAAGUUCAGCUACCGACCUAUUCUUCACGCCCUUCGAGGGUAAUACGCCCCUGACGGAGAAGACAAGAUCGGUUGCAGAAGGUAUCCACAAAUUACCUCAGAUCUCUCCUUCUCUAGGUGGAAGCGCUCCUCCACCUCCUAGCGCUUAUAGACCUGCUCCAACAGUUGGUGGGUUGAGUGAAUUCGGGGUGAAAGAAGGAGAACGCCGAGGAUCACCCGAUUCAGGCUCUGGGGAAGGUGAUGAUGAGUCUACUGGGUUACUCACCAAUUCAAAUGCGAAUUCCACUACUGCCUCACCUAGGAAUUCGAUACAUUCCAAAAACCCCAGUACUAGAAAUAGAAGUCAAUCUACUACUAGUAGUAAGAGUGGAUCGAAUGAUCAUUUCACUUCGUCAAGAUCGUCUUCUUUCAAACGUCGUACUCGUGCUUAUACUACCAAUGGAUCAGCUUCAAAGGGUUCGUUAAGAAGGACAAGAUCAAGUAGUAUUACGCUCCUCAGAGAGAGUGUUGCGAAUGCGGCGAAUGCCUCAGGUCAUUUGAUCAGAAGAGCAAGGAGCGGGACUGUGCUAAGUAGCGAGUCGAAGUAUUCUAGGAUGGAUGAUGAGAGGGGAAGUGGAGAGGAGGGAGAGGAAGAAGAGAUGUUGGAUCCCGGCAAAGUGACACCGAGAUCUGGGAGAGGUACUGGUCUUGGAUUGGGAUUGCCAUUUGCAAUCAAUGAAACAACAGCGACCUAA